AUGACAUCUUCUUCAUCAGCAUCAUUAUUUAAAGAACGUGAAAAUUUUCUUAAACGACAAAAAGAUGCAUCAGCUUUUACAAUAUCAAAUGAAAAACGUCAAAAAAUUGAAAAAUUAUCAUCAUCAUCAUCAUCACAAAAAACAAAUCGACCAAAACCUACAUUUGGUCGAUCAAAAACAUCAUCAGAUUUUACAAGUGAUUAUCAUAUAUCAAGUACUUCAUCAAAAUCAAGAUUUUUAACACUUACAAAUAUUGUCGAAAAAUUACAAGAACGUUUUCUUGGUGGACAAAUUGAUGCAAUAACAUUAGAUGAAAUAAUAGCAGAAUCUGAUCUUACUAUAGAUCCAUCAGAUAAACAUUGGCUUGCUUCUGAAGCACUUUUAUCAAAUGAAAAAAUUGAUGUUAAAAAAGUUGAUGAUGUUAAUAAAUUUGUAUAUAAACCUCCACUUGACUUAAAAGCUCCAAAAAAAAUACAUCUUCUUAAUCUUAUAAAAAAUCGACAUGAAAAAUGUGAAGGUGCUGUAACUGUUGAUGAUGUACGAGAUACAAUACCAAAAGCAAAAGCUGAUAGUAUAAUUGAUAGUUUAAUAAAAAAUGGUGAUAUUGUAAAAGUAACAAGUAAUAAAAAAGAUGUUUUAUUCUAUACGGAUCGUGCAUAUAAUCUUCGUGUUAAUCCAGAAUUUAUUGAAUCAUGGAGAAAAAUAUCAGUUGAAGGUUUAGAUGAUAAAAAAAUAUGGGAAUUUCUUGAUAAUCAAGGACAUUAUGGUUUAACAAAGAAUAUACCACGACAGCAAUUACCAACAAAAUCAUCAAAACGAGGUGGUCGACGUCCAGAUACAAUGAAACAUAAUCUACAUGUUGCACAUCAACUUGAAGAUUAUUCCAAUACAACAAUCAAAAAAAUAAAUCUAUAG